UUCACACACAUUGUUGACCUGAAUUAAAUCUGUUGUUUUCAGUUGUCUGGACCUGGAGCAGUGUUCUCUUAAAGUAUUGGAGCCUGAAGGAAGCCCAAGCCUGUGUUUACUGAAACUAAUGGGUGAAAAAGGUUGUACAGUCAUGGAAUUGAGUGACUUCUUGCAGGCUAUGGAACACACUGAACUUCUGCAGUUUCUCAGCCCCCCAGGGAUAAAGAUUACUCUAAAUCCAGAAUCAAAGUCAGUCUUGGCUGGACAGUUCGUGAAAUUAUGUUGCCGGGCAACUGGACAUCCUUUUGUACAAUAUCAGUGGUUCAAAAUGAAUAAAGAGAUUCCAUAUGGAAAUGCAUCCGAACUUAUUUUUAACACAGUGAAUGUAAAGGAUGCAGGCUUCUAUGUUUGUCGUGUUAAUAAUAAUUCCACAUUUGAAUUCAGCCAGUGGUCACAGCUAGACGUUUGUGAAGUGACAGAAGUAACAGAAACCUUCCAAAAAAAUUGGGAUGAAUCCAAGUUGCAAAUCUGUGUUGAACCAAAGUCCCAAAAGCUAAUGCCAGGAAGCACAUUGGUUUUACAGUGUGUUGCUAUUGGAAGCCCUAUUCCUCAAUACCAGUGGUUCAAAAAUGAAUCACCACUAACACAGGAGACAAAAAAGGUAUACAUGGUGCCUUAUGUGGAUUUGGAACAUCAAGGAACCUACUGGUGUCAUGUAUAUAAUGAUCGAGAUAGUCAAGACAGUAUGAAGGUAGAAAUCAUCAUAGGAAGAACAGAUGAGGCAGUGGAGUGCACUGAAGAUGAAUUAAAUAAUUUUGGCCAUCCUGACAGUAAAGAGCAAAUAACUGACCAGUCUUUGGCAAAAGACAAAGUUGCACUUUUGAUAGGAAAUAUGAAUUACUGGGAACACCCCAAGCUUAAAGCUCCCUUGGUGGAUGUGUAUGAGUUGACCAACUUGUUAAGACAGCUGGAUUUCAAAGUUGUUUCAUUGCUGGAUCUAACUGAAUAUGAAAUGCGUAAUGCUGUGGAUGAAUUCUUACUACUUUUAGAUAAAGGAGUAUAUGGUUUACUAUAUUACGCAGGACAUGGUUAUGAAAAUUUCGGGAACAGCUUUAUGGUCCCUGUUGAUGCUCCAAAUCCAUAUAGGUCUGAAAAUUGUCUUUGUGUGCAAAAUAUACUGAAGUUGAUGCAAGAAAAAGAAACUGGACUCAAUGUGUUCUUGUUGGAUAUGUGUCGGAAAAGAAAUGACUAUGAUGAUACCAUUCCAAUCUUGGAUGCACUAAAAGUCACCGCCAAUAUCGUGUUUGGAUAUGCCACGUGUCAAGGAGCAGAAGCUUUUGAAAUCCAACAUUCUGGAUUGGCAAAUGGAAUCUUCAUGAAAUUUUUAAAAGAUAGAUUACUUGAAGACAAGAAAAUUACUGUGUUACUAGAUGAAGUUGCAGAAGAUAUGGGCAAAUGUCACCUUACCAAAGGUAAACAGGCUCUGGAGAUUCGAAGCAGUUUGUCUGAAAAGAGAGCACUCACUGAUCCAAUUCAAGGGACGGCUUCUUCUGCAGAGUCUCUGGUGCGGAAUCUGCAGUGGGCCAAGGCUCAUGAACUUCCAGAAAGCAUGUGUCUUAAAUUUCAGUGUGGUGUUCAGAUUCAGUUAGGAUUUGCAGCUGAAUUUUCCAACGUCAUGAUAAUCUAUACAAGUAUAGUCCAUAAACCACCUGAGAUAAUAAUGUGUGAUGCCUACGUUACUGAUUUCCCACUUGACCUAGAUAUUGACCCAAAAGAUGCAAAUAAAGGAACUCCUGAAGAAACUGGCAGCUACUUAGUAUCGAAGGAGCUGCCCAAGCACUGCCUCUACACAAGACUCAGCUCUCUGCAAAAAUUAAAGGAACAUCUGAUUUUCACAGUGUGUUUAUCAUAUCAGUACUCAGGACUGGAGGACACUGUGGAGGAGAAACAAGAAGUGAAUGUUGGGAAGCCUCUCAUUGCUAAAUUAGACAUGCACCGAAGUCUGGGCAGGAAGACUUGCUAUCAGACAUGCCUGAUGUCUGAUGGGCCUUACCACAGCUCCACACCCACCUCUGGGGGAGCAGGGCAUUAUCCUUCAUCUCAGGACUCAUUCCAUGAUGUCUACCAUUCACAUCUUGGUAAUUCCGAGAGCGUUAUGCCAUCCGACAGAUGUCAUUGCAGCCGGACUCCUAAUGCAUUUAUUUCAAGUUAUCAUACCCACCAUUACUCCUGUCGGCUGGCUAGGAGUAACACGCCAGUGGAGACAACCGAUGAAAUGCCAUUCAAUUUCUCUGAUGGGCUCAGGAUUUCUGAAAAGUGACUUUGUUUUUUAAAGUUCCACAUAAUUACUAGAUGCCUCACAUGAAAUAGUACUUACGUGAAAUGAGGCAUUAUGAAAAGGCAAGUAAGUAUAUAUGAAGAGAAAAUUGGUAACAAUUGUUUCAUAGGCUCAAGACUGAAAUAAUGGGAUUACAUUAUUUAACCACAGACUUCCUCUUGCUUUUUUUUUUUUUAGACUUGUAAAUUGAAUGUUUUGUUCUAUGAGAAUGAAGUACGGAUAUAUGUAUAUAGGUGUACAUAACAAAUAUUUUUAUUUUGCCUACUCUGAAGUGAGAGGAGUGGGAAUGGCAUUACUGUAGAAUAAAUCAUUGUACUUUUAACAUCAGAAGAAAUCCUGUUGCUCAUCAGGCCUAACCUAGUUUUAUUGAGAGAAACAGAUUGAGUCCUCUUGUCUAAGUUAGAGCUGGCACAGAACUGAAACCUCUAGAAUGCUAUUCCAGUAAUUUUUCCACUACAUACUACCUUCUUAAUGGGUUCUGAGACACAUUUUAUUUUUGACAGGAAGGAAGAAAAGUAGAGGGGGAAAUGCAUAUCUGUGUGUUAUCUUGAGUAAUGUACAGGCCUUGAUUUGUGAUUAUACCACUUUGGUGCAAGUGUCAAUUAAGAGGUUUGUCUAUAAAUCUUAUGUAGAAUAGGCUUAAAUUUUUUGUUUGAGUCAUGAAAUUAUAUGAGGUGAUGAAAUAUUUGUCUAUGUUAAAGCUAGACAGCAGAGGUUAAAAAUAAAGAUGUAACUGGAUAGUUUGGAUAGCUGCUUAUUUGAAUCUUUCAGACAUUGAAAAUGUCUUCCUUGAUAACAUGUAUUUCCUUCUUGAAUUUUACAGGUCUUAAGAUAAAAAAUUCUUAUCAUUUGUGGUUCUACCUAAAAGCAGACUUAAAAGACAUGUGGCAAUAAAAAGGGAAAUGAUUAAAUUAGUUUUUAAAUGGGUUUAGGAGGUAAUAUCCUGAUUAUAUUUGGUCCUUGCUAAAAGCAAGUUUAAAGGACAACUCGAAAGCUGGGCUUGUUGGCACAUGCCCAUAGUCCCAGGACUAUAGGGAUUUGAGGUAUGAGGAUGGCAAGUUUGAGCCCAGUAUGGGCAACUGAGUGACUUAGUGAGACCCUGUCUCAAAAUAAAAAGGAGCUCAGUAUGAAGUCCCUAUGUUCAGUCUCAGGGCAAGUAGCAGUGGAAAGGCAAUUGGCCAUAGAAAGGGAAGAGAUUGAGUUAGUAAUUUUUAAAGUCCCCAAAGAAAAAUCCAGACCCAGAUGGCUCUACCACUAAAUUCUACCAAACAUUAAAAUUAUAUCAGCUCUUAGCAAAUUACCCCCAAAAGAGGAGAGUAUACUUCCCAACUCAUCCUGUGAGGUCAUUGUUACCAAGAUACCAAAAUUAGACAAGAAAGCUACACAUGUACACAGCUAUAAUCCUAGCACUUGGGACCUGAGGCAAGAAGAUUGGAAGUUUGAGGCCAGCCU